UCCGUUGGAAUAUGUUGAACAAAAAUAGCAUAUAAAAAUGUAAAUCAAUUCGCUCUCAUAGAAUAUUACUGGGAUGAACAAUCUGGGUGUUCUUUUCCAGGUAAGGUUCUUCCCUACAUUCCAAGAUGCCGCGCUACGGGAAAAUUGUUGUCAUUAAAAGGAACGGGACUGAUGGAAGUUUUCCGCUCACCUCGACUUCUUGUUUAUUUGGAAGGAAAAAAGAGUGUGACAUCCGCAUGCGACUGCCCUGGGUCUCCAACGAGCACUGUAAAAUCGAAAUAAACGAGAACAAGGAGGCAGUACUGACUAAUUUGAGCGCAGUAAACCCCACACAGCUGAACGGGGUUUGCUUUGAGCAGCCUGUUCCUCUGAAACACGGCGAUGUCUUAACUAUUAUCGAUCGUUCUUUCAGAUUUGAAUAUCCUCUCCAGCCAACUCCAAAGAAGAGGCGUUCCAGGUCUCCAAAAGAUGAAACUCUCCAGGUUCUUCAUGUUCAGCAGGUGGCAGAAGUGGAAUUAUUACACAAACAAACUUCAGGAUCUAAAAGUCUUGGUGCUUCAGAUAAUGCUGAGUGUGAAGAAAAAACUGCCAAUGAAAAUAAACAAACCACAGAGGGAAAUGUAUCCAAAACUUUACCUGCUGAAACAAAAACACCCAAACCUUCACACAGAAUACAUCGAGUUAUUAAAAAGCAAAAUGAGAUGUCUCCCUUUACUCAUCUCUAUGAAAAGCUGAAACAUGAUAUGCAAAUGGAAAAAUCUCUGCACAGGGGAAAUGACUCCCAACAAGCUGCGAGAAAAGGUGGGGAGAGCGUUGUGCCAGAGCCAAGGGCUCAGGUUUCAUCACCAGCUUGUGAUCUGGGCAGCCUGAAUAAAGCAAAAGAAGGAGGCAGAAGUGGAAAUAUGGAAGAAUGUGUAAUUGUAAGGAGUGAAGUGAACCACUCUGGGUUUCAGCAGCUGGCAGCUGGAGGAGGUGCUCCCAGGAGGAGUUUUCCCAGGAGAAGCUUUCCCAGAAGUCUUCCAACUUCUCUUUCGCAGGAGGUGUCAAGAGAUACCAGUCAGAGUCACUUGCAGGGUCCUGAGGAACUGAGCACCCCAGGCAGAUCUAAAGGUGCCAAGGUUACUCCCAGCAGGGAGAAUGGUGGGAAUUCCCUGUUUUCACUGCAGCAGUGCUCCAUAGAACGCUUGAAUUCUUCAGUUAUGGAGAAAACACGUGUCUCUACGACUCACACCCCAAAGCUUUCUGAAGCAGAUAAACACGUGCUGUCCACACCGAGGCCCAGGAGGAAGAGCCCUCGCUCUCUUUUCGUGUCUCCGUCCAAGGAAACCACUGGAAUGACUCCUGUGAACGCUGAUACUCCAACCACCCGCCGGCGUGUGUCACUGAAACCCGAGUGUCCAUCAGAAAUUCCAGCUGAAACUCCAAGGGAAGGUUCAGACACCACACAACUGCCCUUCCCAGAAAACAAAUCCCUAAAGCAAAGACGACGUAGCAAAGAACACGCAUCAGGAACACCUGCACAAGAAGUGCUGAAGGAAAUCAGUGAUCAGGCAAACUUUGUUACCUCAGAGGUGCAACUGCCUGAAAGUCCGGCUUCUUUCUCCAAGAGUCCCAGAAGAAAUAGCAGGCAGAGUAAAGAAUUCGUGGACAAAAGUGUCCAUUCAGAGACACUGGCUUCAGAAGAGUUAAUGGCAUCUCCUGCUGGUCAGACACCUGGCUCUGGGAGGAAAAGGGGAAGGCCAAGGAGCUCUGAGAGGAAAAGGGGAAGGCCAAGGAGCUCUGGAAUGCUGACUGAAACAGCAAUAGAGGCAAACACUGUGCAAGAAGAUCCUGGUAAGAUGAGAGACAGAGAAAAGAGUGGAACUCCAGCAGAACUGGCCAUGCAGGGGCAUCACCAGAAACAAGACUUGGAAGAUGCUGGUGAUAUCAGACCAUGUGGACUGUCAGCAAAGAGAGGUUCUGGAAGUGCUCCUGUUCUGGAAGACAACAAGGCUGUCCCAGAAACAAAUAUUUCUGACCUGUUGGGUGGAGAAGACUCAGGCAAGAGAAGAAGAUUAUCUCAGAAGAGGAAAAGUGGUGAUUCGCUCCUUCAGGCUUCAGGAAAAAGAAAGAGAGUGUCCUUUGGUGGCCAUCUGAGUCCAGAACUUUUUGAUAAAAGUUUACCUCCCAACUCUCCCCUUAAAAGAGGAGCUCUACCUGCCAGGCUGAGCUUGCCCUAUGGAACCUCACCUCGUGCUGUGCUGAAAAAGGCUCAGGGAUUGAAGCUCUUCACAGACCAGGAAGAACAAAUGUCACUAAGAAGUUUGCCAGCCCAGAAGUCCCCAGCUGCCUCCUCCCCUCCCUCAGGGAAGGCAACACCCCAAGUUCCUUCAGGCUCUCCAACCCCUUCCAGGAAAGGGCGUUUCUCCAUUUCCCAGCUCCUGAUGCCACUCCCGAUCCCAGAGGAGAAGGAUUCUGGUGCACAGGACCUGAAUGCAAAGGAGAAAAGUGGUGUGAGGGUGAAAACACCUCAAUCUUCCCCCAUUAACCAAGAUGACAAAACCUUUGCAGCAGCUACACCUACCAAACUAACCAGGCGUUCCCAAGUGGGUUCGAAGGGCACUUCCAUGAAGAGAAGGAGCGGGGCUGUGGGAGUUCUCCAUGCAAAGAGAAGGAGUGGUGCCUCCAGUGCCAAUUUAUUAGUUGCAAAAUCUUGGGCAGAAGUGGUAAAAUCGGGUGUUGCAAGACCUCAGUCAAAGACUGCUAAGAAGAGUGUCCGAAGAGGAAGACCCCCAAAGAAGAUAAACCAACCACCAAAGACUCCAGAGAGGAAAAUAAAAGGUCACUUCAGCACAGGUCAUGCUGAGUCACCUGCUACAAUAGUGGUAGGUAGAGCUUACUCCACCACACUCAGAUCAGCUGGACACGUCCCUAAAGUGGUAAAAAACCCCAUCUUGAAGCUCAACAUGAAUAUGGAUGAAAGCUUCACAGGACUGCCUGAGAUGUUUCAAACUCCAGAAAAUCAGAGUGGAAAAACAUUACCUUUGGCUGCAGAUUUUACACCAACCUGUGCUGCAGGGGACAUUUCUGACUUGCACACCCCUGAAGAGUCUGGAGAGAUGAUGGUGUCACCCUUAAAUAGUUCAGAUGCUUCAGAACAGAAACAAGAGAGUCCAGACAUUUGUCACUUGCUGAGAGAGAAGUCAUCUCUAAGCUCUGUGUUUGAUGAAAUAUCCACAAAAACUCGAAAAAGAAAAGCUGUGCAGGAAGAUAAUAUUAAUAUGGAUAGUUUAUCAAUGAUUCCAGAAAAACAAGCAUCUCUGGUGAAAUCAGGAAGGAAAAGGAGAACUCCAAAGCAGAAGCUGGAGCCAGCUGAGGUCAUGUCAGGCAUCAAGCAGCUUUUAAGGACCCCAGAGCAAGGGUCAGAGGCAGUAGAGUUCUUGUCUGGCAUCAAGCAGCUCUUGAAGACCCCAAAGCAGAACAGAGAGCCUGCAGAGGUUCUGUCAGGCAUCAAACAGCUCUUGAAGACCCCAAAACAGAACACAGAGCCUACAGAGGUUCUGUCAGGCAUCAAGCAGCUCUUGAAGACCCCAAAACAGAACACAGAGCCUACAGAGGUUCUGUCAGGCAUCAAGCAGCUCUUGAAGACCCCAGAACAAAAACCUGAGCCUGCAGAGGCUUUGUCAGACAUCAGGAGGCUCAUGAGGACCCCGAAACAGAAACUGGAGCCUGCAGAGGCUUUGUCAGGCAUCAGGAGGCUCAUGAGGACCCCAAAACAGAAACUGGAGCCUGCAGAGGCUUUGUCAGGCAUCAGGAGGCUCAUGAGGACCCCGAAACAGAAACUGGAGCCUGCAGAGGCUUUUUCAGGCAUCAAGCACCUGCUGAGGACCCCUCGGCAGAAACCAGAGCCAGUGGAGGACCUGACUGGCAUUAGGCAGCUCAUGAGGACCCCACAGCAAGAGCCAGAACCAGUUGUAGAUGAAAUUGCCCUUAAAAGGUUGCUGAAGACUCCAGUACAGAAGAGGAGAGCAGUAAAAGGCACGGCAGGUGUUACUUCAGUCAAGAAAACCCCAAAGCAGAAAUACCCACCAGUUGAAGACAUGGUUGGGAUCAGCCGCAUUUUCAAGACACCAAAGGAGAAGGUUCAACCCAUAGAAAAUAUGUUUGGUAUCAGCAGAUUGGUGAGGUCUCCCAGACAGAAGAAUCAACCAGUUGAGGAUUUUGUAGGGCUGCAAAGGCUCAUGGCAGAGCCCAGGCAGAAACCUUCUGCUGGUGAAGUGGACUAUGUUGGAAUGACAGAAAUGUUUGAUACACCAGAGAAAAUGGAGGUAAGAUCAGUAAUGGAUUCUCAGCAAGAUUCUGCACCUCCUUGUUCUAAUUCCAACCAUAAACCUGAAAAUAAAGGAAAUGUUUCCCAAGGUGAAGAUUCUCCACAAAAGGAAUCAACCAGUGCAGACCAGUCUCCCCAGAGACCAAGAAAGGGCAGGCCAAGGAGGACUGUCCAUCCUGCUGCAGCAAAGCAGAGUGAAAAGGAUGUAAAUGUUAAAGAAUUGCAAAAUACAACCAGCACCCAAGAGGAGAUGGGAGCAACCACACCCGAAAACAAAGGAAGAGGAAGGAGAGCAAAGCGUUGCCUACAAGAAGUUGUUUCAGAGCACCCUGAUCAGGAACCACGUGGAGCUGCUCAAAGACCAGGAAGAGGUAAAAGGAACGAACUGAAGGAGUUAAAACAUCCAAGUGAGACUCUUGAGUCUUGUGUUGAAGGUUCUUCAGUGCUACAAGAAGAGCCUGCAAGUAUCAAACAGACUUUGCAGGAGUGUGGUGUCGGUGACAUGUUAGAAAGUGGAGAUGACCCAGCCAGAAAGACAGGACCUGGUAACAUUCAGAAUGAAAACUGUCAGCUGCAAACAGGUGAUAAUAAAGCUGAUAGCAAAUCUAAUGACAGUGGUAUAGAAGACAGUGAAGAAGUGCUUCUGUCACCUAGGAAGAGGACCAGAGGAGUAGAAAACACAGAACCACUGAUUCCACCUAAAAGAGGAAGAAGAGCUAGAAACGACCAAGUUAAACAAGAUCCUUCAGCAGAACUUCAUGCAACAACAAGGAGGCUUCGUAAAGACCCACCAGGAAAAGUCCUACAAAGAGAUGAACAGACUUUGGACAAGGAUCCUGAGGCUGUCGCAGCAGAAGAACCUGAAAAGGGAACAAAACUUGAAGUACAGGUAACAGAGAAAAGAGUGAAGUCUUUAAGAAGUACUAGAAACAGAAAGCACUCAGCUGAAGGAAAAGCAGACAUUUGUGGGGUCACACUUGAUGAACACACACAGAACACUCAGAAAACUGAGGAAACAUCGAGUCAAACUGAAGCACAACCACAAACCAAGAAGGAGAAAAAAGUAUCUCAGGGAUCUGAAACAGAAAUUACAACAGAGGCAUCUCAAAAAUUAAAGCCAGAGCCACCAUCUCAGGAGACAAACACACUGCCAGUCACUGCUGUGAACAUGGAAGCAAACAGAAGGGCAACACAGGAAACAAAUAGGACGAGGAGCAGGAGAGGCAAAAAAGACUCUUUGGAGCAAAAGACACAGGAAUUUACCGAAGAUGGGAGCAACCUAAAAGUAAUUCCUUCCAAGUUUAGGUCAGACACAGAAGUGGAUGAAUCUCUCAAAGAUUCUUUGGGCUCUGUUUGUGUCAAGGACACAUCCCAAGUCACAAAGGAGCAGAACAGCCCAGCUGCCAUGUCAGUACCUGCUGCAAACAGUGACAGUCUUGCUUCUGGCCAUCAAAAACGGACAAGAAACCAACGGGGAAUACUUAAAACAAAAGAAACUGAAAUCCUGCAGGAGAACCCAGCACAAAGAGACAGAGCAGCGUUUAGAAAAGGUAAAAAAGUUAAUUUUGAACUUGGAGAAGGCAGUUCCAAAGAGGUUGAAAUAAAAAGCAGUUUACCUGGGGACGCUGAAGGAGUGACUGACAACAAUCAACAUGAGAAUUUGGAAAAUGCUUCUUCACGAGUGAGGAGGGGCAGAAGAAAGCAGGUUGAUUCCAUUCCACAAACAGCCAGUCCUACCCUUGUGGAAAAACAAACUUUAAGUGCAGAUCACAGUAAAGAUGAGGCUUUUGAGAAGGAGCAAGAUGCAGCUUUGGAAGGUACUCCCUGUUCAGUUGAAGCCAAUCCACCGAGACGAGGGAGAAGACGAGAGGUUGGUGCAGCAUCACAGCCAUCGAGGUCUCCUUCUGUCAGAACGAGACGUGGGUUGCUGGAAGGAGGUGAUAAAAAGAUGACUGUGAGGGAAGAUGAAAAUACAGCUUUGGGAAAUAAAACUUCUCAGGCAAAAGCAAAUGCAUCAGCAAGGGACAGGAGGAGGAAGAUUGAUCUUGCAGCAGAGGCAAAAAGUUCAGCUCCUCUCCAGAGAACACGUGGCUUGUCAGAGACUGAUGCUAAAGAUGGGGGAGCUAAUGAAGAACAAAGUGUGCCUUUGGAAACAGUGUCCUGUGCAGAAGAGAAGCCAUCAGGAAGGGGCAGAAGGAAAGAAACUGCACUGGCAUCACACACAACAAAUUCCAUUCCUCUGAGAGGGAGACGUGGUUUACCAGCAGAUAAUGGUAAGGAAGACAAUCCCAAAAAAGAGCAAACCAUUCCCUUAAAAACUGGUGAUUCACCUGUAAAAGAAAAUCAACUGAGAAAAAGCAGGAGGAAAGAAAUUGCCCUCAAAGAAGCCUCAAGUCCUAAUCAGGGAGAGCAGGGCUCAUUGAAACAAAGUGGCAGGAAGAAUAACUAUAGGGAAGCAAAAAAAGUGAGUUGGGACAAUUCUUCCCAAGAAAACAGUGAUCUUUCAAAAGAGAACUUGAGGCAAACAAGCACUUCAAUGGCUGGUACUUCCACCUCACUUCAAGGUUUGCCAGAAGAUGGUAAGAGUGGAGCUCCUGAAGAACAGCAGAGUAAACUUUUAGAAGGAACUCCAUCUGCAAAAGAAAAUCCAUCAAGAGUGAGCAGAAGGAACACUUCUUCCACAUCUGAAGAAACUCCUUCCACUUCUCUCAGGGAAAAAUCCAACCUGCCCAAAGGUAGAGGGCAAAAGAGGAUUCUUAAAGAAGAUGAAGCUACACCUGCAGAAAAUAAUUCAUGCCGGGGAAGAACGAGGCAAGCGAGGAAUAACAGCAGGGAGGUACAAUUCACAUCAGAGGCAGCUACUUCUACUUCUCUCCAUAAGAACAGUGAGUCACCUGAAAAUGGAAGUGCUCUGGAAACCAAGAAUUUGUGUGUGACAUCCACUGGUUGUGAGGGCAGGAAUCGGUCUGGAAAAGGAAAGGAGGGGAACCCUGUGCCGGAGGCAACGUCCACUUCUCGCAAAAGAAAGUGUCAGCUGCCAGCAGAUGACUCAGCACCCAAAAGACUAAAAUCAGGGAAUGCUGAAAACGGAUCGCUGGGAAAAGGAAAAAGGAACAAAACCAAGGAAGAACUUGGGAAAGAGAAUGUGAGGGCAGCUCAGACCUCUGGAGUCAUGGACAGGAAGACAAGAUCCAGCACAAGAACAAGGAAAUAGUUUUAAGAGUCCCAGAACCAGUUUUUAAAUCAAUUCAGUCAUUAAAAUUCCAGUUUGGUUUGGUUUUUUUUUAAAUGUGAAUUGAUUUGCACUCAGAUUUUAAGCUCAGAUUUUGAUAAUUCAGGCAUUGCUUUACAAAAUGUUUCGUACUGUGUUUUUUUAACAGCUUUGUCUAUGUGUGGUGUUUCCUGAACCAGAGGUGCUUGUGCAAAGCUGCAGACAUAAAAAUACAUCUUGUUACACCAGUAUUGGUCCAAUUUUUCUGUUAAUUAGUACAGCAAUCAGGAAGCCAUAUUACUGCCAGGUGAAGUUAUUUUCUGCUUGAAUUUUUAUAUGCUUAAGUUUUAUUUUUCAUUAGAGCUCUGUAAAUAUUCUUUUAAAAAACUAUGGCUGUA